AUGGCCAAUUCAGAUGAUGAUGAUGCUUUUCUUUAUUCAGAUGAAGAGCAAGAAGUUGAAAAACAAGGACCAAAAGUUAAAAGAGUAAAGUUUGCUGAUGAAGAAAGCAACAAGGAGGAAGAUAAAACUAAUGAAAAAGAGCAACAACAACAGAAACAAGAAGCAUCAAAUUCUGAAUCAGGUUCAGGUUCAGGUUCAGAAUCAGAUUCCGGUUCAGAAUCAGAUGAUGAUAUAGAUAUUAUAAUAAGAGAUACCCAACCAACAAAAUCAAAAUCUAGUGGUACAACCAUCAUUGGGAACGAGGCAUUAUCUGAGAUGACAGAUCCUGAAGAAUCAACAUCAUCGUCGUCGACAACAGCAGCAGCAGGAACAACAACAAUCAACAAGAGACAAUCUAGCUCAACUAUUAAUCUUGAAUCGGUGCCUCGAUAUCAACAAGAAGAAGAUGGAGAAGGAGAUGGCACGUUGAUAACUCAAUUAGAUAUUGAAACAUUAAAACUUAAACCAUGGAGAGCACCUGGUGUUGAUGUAUCUGAUUAUUUCAAUUAUGGAUUUGAUGAAUUUACAUGGUUGGCUUAUUGUCAUAAACAAGAUAAAUUAAGAGGUGAAUUCAAUCCUCAAAAAGUGAUGGAAAAUAUUAUGAAAGGUCCCGGUGGUGCUGUGGGUGCUAAUGGUACUAAUGGUAUUAAUUUGGGUGACAAAACAGGACAACAGCAACAGCAGCAGCAACAACAACAACAACAACAACAACAACAACAGCCACCACAACCACCUAUGGGUAUGAUGAUGCCACCUCCAGGAUUCAUGGCUAAUAUGCCGAUGCCACCAAUGGGAUCUAUGCCACCAAUGCCUAAUAUGGCCAACAUGCCAAAUAUGGCCAACAUGCCAAAUAUGGCUAAUAUGCCUCCGCCACCUCCAGGGUUUAAUGGUCAGUUCCCUGCACCUUAUAAUAUCCCUCAUACUAUGAAUCAAAAGCAAUAA